AAUGCUGCGAGUGUGCAUGUGAUCCCACAACAGAGAACAGCCCUCUCCGUCUCUCAAACCCCUUCAGCCACUGCAGCUACAAGUAAACUGCCUCUCUCUCUAAGCAAUCCAGGAUCCUUUAACUCUACUAGAAGCUGCUUGCUUUUGGGUGGAUGCAAACACAUAUUUGGAGUCUGGUUUUUCCUGUUGCGCUUGUGUGAGAGAGCGACUGCAAGAUGGUGGCUUCUCGCUGUUGGCUUCUAUGGCUUGUCGUAGCUUUGCUCGGAUCCGGGACGUUCAGGGAUUCAGUUGAAGCUGAAGAAAGGCUGCAGAAUGAGGAGGUGAAGGGUCUGGAUCCGACUGGAGGUCACAAAGUGGAGGAGGCCGGUGAAGGGAACGCGUCUGAAGACGACGGAGGAGAGGGGGAAGAACCUGAGGAGCAGAAUACAGCAGAUCUGGAGGUAGAAGAAGCCAAUGAAGACGUAGAAGAGAAAGGCGAGGAAACUGAAAUAGCAGAUGAAGAGGAAGCAACAGAGGAAGAUGAUGAGAUUGAAGCAGUAGAAGAAGAGGAAGAAGCAGAAGAGGAAGAUGAAGAGACAGAAGGAGUAGAAGAAGCAACAGAAGAUGAAGAAGCAGAAGAGGAAGACGAAGAGACAGAAGGAGUAGAAGCAGCAGAAGAAGACGAAAAAGAAGCAGAAGAGGAAGAGGAAGAUGAAGAGACAGGAGUAGAAGAAGCUGAAGAUGAAGAGACGGAUGGAGUAGAAGAUGAAGAAGAAGCAGGAGAGGAAGAUGAAGAAACAAAAGUAGUAGAAGAUGAUGAUGAUGAGACUGAUGGAGUAGAAGAGGAAGAUGAAGAGACCAAAGGGGCAGAAGAUGAAGAGGAUAAUGUGGAUGAAAAGAAUGAAGAAGAAGAGCAGAAAAUUGAGGUGAACGUAGCAGAAGAGGAACAAGAAGGAUUAGCGGAGGAAGAAGAUUCUCCACAACUGCUUGAAGAGGAAGCAGAAGCUGUGGAGGAAGAAGAUGAUGAAGAGGCAGAUGCUGCUGCUGAUGAUGAUGAUGAUGAAGAGGCUGGAGAUGAAGAAACUGUAGCUGAAGAAGCGGCUGAAGAGGACAACAUAGAGACUGUAGAGGCAGUCAUGGCGGAGGAUAUACAGUACAGCUCCGGGUCUCUCUGUGGACUCUGCUCAGUCUGUGAGCACUGUGAUACCUGCGACAAAUGUCCCUGUGAGGAGGGAGACACAUCAGAACACUGCCAUCAAUGUGAAGCUAUAACACAUACUGGGGAUUGCUCCUACUGCUAUAUUUGUCCUGUAAUCUGUGAGACCGUCUGUCAACCAGGUGGAGUUCUGGAUGUGCUCAGUGGUUCUCUCUACCAGACAGUGAAUACAUUUCUCUGAAAUGGAUUCUUCACAGCGCCGUCUUUUGGAUGAACAGAGGAACAACAGAUGAUUAAACUUUUCACCCUGAAGAAUCUAUCUUAAACGUAACUGAGGAACUGCCAGGACUCUAAUGUUUACCAUUUGAUGCCACUUUAACAGUGACUUUUCAGGCUGUGUUAAUGAAUAGGGUAUAUGCAGAGCUAGUGUUUCUUCCCAUACUGAUAAACUUUCGGUGAUUGGUUUAUGUGACUUUUUUCCAUUUUAUACGGUUCCUUUCACAGCAUCGAUGUUGUAAUGUUAUUAAAAUACAAUCAGUUAAAUAGAUUAUAGUUGCUCAAGCGUAUAAUGAGAUGAAAAGCUAAUUACAUCAGGAUCAGCAAGCUAGCGCAGAAGCUUCAUUGAAUAUACUGGGGUAAAAUAAAUGUUCAUAUUUUAAAGACAUGGCGGGGGGAAAUGGAAUGUAAUGCAGUGCUAUAAAUACAAUCUGAGACCCACUUUAUAUCGGAUAUCACUCAGCCAGUGGAGAUCACUGAUUUUUAAAGAUAACAGACCUUAAACGCGAUGAUUUUGUAACGGCAUACAGUUCACCGGAAGCGCUUGACCCAGGUUACUGACAAAUUAAAAGUCCUUCCGCAUACCUCCGCAUAUACCCUAUAGCAAUUGCAUAUGAAUGCAAAAGCUCUCACUAUUUCAUAAUGCUUCUGUUUUUGACUGUAUUUUUGAUCAAAUAAAUGCAGCCUUGGUGAA